CACCAAGCGCCCAAACAACUGGGCCCUGUGAGGAGACACGAUGUUGAGCAGGCUCCAGGAGCUGCGCAAGGAGGAGGAGACACUGCUCCGUUUGAAGGCGGCACUGCACGACCAGCUGAACCGGCUCAAGGUUGAGGAACUGGCCCUCCAAUCAAUGAUUAGUUCCAGAAGAGGGGAUGAGAUGCUGCCUUCUCAAGCUGCACGUGAACAGUCACACGAUAUGUCGGUGCAUGUAGACAAUGAAGCAUCAAUCAACCAAACUGCAUUGGAGCUGAGCACAAGGAGCCAUGUGACAGAAGAGGAGGAGGAGGAGGAAGAAGAAGAAUCAGAUUCCUGAAGUGGGGAAAGAGCCAGGAUUAGUUAUACAAAUUAAAUUUCAAAGUCUCAGAAACUUCCAAAUAUUCUUGCCAUGGGCCCUCCAGCCUGCUUUAAAGAGAGCAAGAACUUCAGGAGGAUGUACACUUGCGAAACUGGUUCCAUCAAUAAUUCAAGUUUCAGAAUGCUUUACCAAAAAUUAGCAGCACGGGGAAAAGUAAAGAUGCAGUGUCUGAGCAUUGAGCAAUAUGGGUGGUGCUGUGUCUGCAUUCUGGUCAGAUCCAGUAAUUGUGUUCAAAACAGAACAUUUCCUCUGAAGUGCUAUUGAGAAAGUCUGACAUUUGCCAAAAGGGCAGAGUGUAAGUACAAGCCAGCCUUUCCGAUCAACAGUGCCUCUUGUAAGCAAAUCAGUGUCAGGCUGUUUGCAUACCAUUGUACCCUUGUAAGCAUAGCCAAAGUCUAGGAAAGAAAGAAGACAAGGAGGACAGAAGGCCACUUGAGAGCACAAGCUUUUGCCACUUCUCAGUGACGUCCUGAAACACUGCCCACUACGGACUGUUUUGUGUGGCUGUCAUCCCAUCUAGGUUGAGACUCCACUGAUAAAACGUGCUUAGAAAUAAAGGAGAUGAGUAGACAUCGUGCAGCCGCUGGUUUCCAGAUAGCAAUAGGGAAAUGGAUCAGUUCCUCCUCCCGGGAAGGAGUACGGCAGGAUGGUUUAAAACGCACUUCUUCGCUUAGGAGGAAAUGUGUCAUUAGGGAAGGAAUCAGCGUGCUUGGGGGAUUGGACUUUUAUAAUAAAGAGAUGAUAGUCACA